AAUGCGUUUGUUUCGAGUGUUUUCGGAGUUUUGCUGCAGUUUUUGCGAUAAUUUUAAGAUGGAUAAUUUUAAAGCGCUAAAGAAUUGGAAUAUUUCUAAGGGAGAGAGUGCGGAGGAAAGCUCCUCGACAUCAGGAUCGUCGUCCUCUUCGAUUCGAGUGAUUCGCGUGCGUCCGAAAGAAGUGCUGGAGGGUGCGAAGGAACCCGACAAGAAACGAGUGAUUGUCACCAUUCCCGAUGAGAGCACCUCGUCUGUCAUCGACUACCUGGAACAGAGAUAUCCAGAAGUUCCGGAAUGGUCGGUGCAGAGAGAGGCACGCGAGGAACGAGUCGAAGGGGAGUGUAAAUCGAUCCUGAAAAAGAGGAAAAAGAAGCCUUGGUGGAAGAAGAUUUUCUUCUUCUGGAAGAAAUAAAUCUCCGAGGUCUUCUCACCGGAUGUGACUUUUCCCCCGAUUGUGACUUUUUUACCCGGAUAUGGACUUUUACCUGGCUAUGACCUAAUGACCGGACUCGACUUUAUUCAUCGGAUGUGACUUUUAAUGGCGGUUUGGCGUCUUCCCUUUCCUGCUGGGAAUUUUUGGAAUGAUACAUGUCCUUCGUCAUCGCUUACGAGGGACGUGUUCUUCCACUUCAGUUAAUUAAAGUCGACGGUGACAACUUAGCACCGUCUUUGGUCGUUUGAAAUCUCUCAACUGACGAUGAAAUUCUGACCGGAAAAUAAUGGAUUUUCGCCAGCAACGUGCGUGUCAACACUGGACACCCGAAUGAAAACAAAAGGGAACUAUCGCAGUUAGCAUAUGUCU